GCACUGAGGACCUUGAACUUCCUUCUGCAAGGUGUACCUCGGGAGGAGAGAAAACAACUUGUCUUGUCGGAAGGCUCGUGUCGUCUUAUGUGUCAAACUAUGUAUAAAAAAGAAAAGAAAAAGAAAAAGAGGGUAUGCAUCCUCACAGGCUGGUGAGGUGACUGUAAAAUUCCAGGAUCUUAGCAUUUGAUGAAGCCUCAGAGAUCAUCAAAUUAUAAUUCACUUUACAGAGGGAGAAAUAGAACCUCAGAAUGUAUAGUAGCUCUAGCUUCUUUGUAAAAAGUAUAUGUAAGUCAUUAAUAUAUAAACUUGACAGUUUUUCCAAAAAAUAUAUUUGUGACAUUGAGGAAAUUUUGACAAUGAAUUUGAAAUACUUUCAAAGGUGUACAUCUUGGAUUAAAAUUUUAAUGCCAAUAUAGUAGAGUUUUACUUAUGUUCAUCUCAGUAAAAUGAAAUUUAUCUAAAUGUUUCAGGAAAGACCUUGCAAGGACAAUCUUGACUGUGGGUGGUAAGAAGUAUUAAAAAUUUUAAAUGUUAGAAUGUUAAAUAUUGGACAUUGGGGGUUUUAUGGGCAUCUUGGAACUAUGGGGAAUAAGUUUCGGUCAAAUUAAAAAUAGAAGUUAGGAUUUUUAUAUUUAAUUUAUGAUGAAAGAGUUAAGCAUGCUAACUCCAUAAAGAAUAAUUAAUGAAUAUUCCUUUACUCACCAAUGAGCGUAGUCAAAUUUGAUCCUUUUUCCACAUUUGCUUCAAAUCCUUUUUUAAAUAAAUCAGAGUUACAGGUAAAGCCCCUGUGUCCAGAUCCCCAUCCAAUUCCCCUCGCCAUUCGUAGAGGUGAUCCUUUGACUUGGAUUUGUUUUUCAUUUCCAAGAAUAUUUUUGUACUUUUAUGCUGUGUAUUCACAAGCAACAUACGUUAUUGUUUUUGCAAAUUUAAGUUUGUGUAUCCAGCUGCAACCUGCUUUUUACCUUUAAAAUUGUUUGAAAUCUAAACAUGUCGAUAUGUGUAGUUUUGUUUAUCUGCUGUGAAAUACUACAGUUUCUUAGGAUUUUAUUUUUAUAGAUGUAUUUAAGGCUGGAUAAAGCUGCUUUUUAAACAAUUGAGGUAUAGUUGAUGUAUACUGUUAUAUAAGUUACAGGUGUACAAUAUAGUGAUUCACAAUUUUUAAAGGUUAUACUCAGUUUACAGUUAUUAUAAAAUGUUUGCUGUAUUCCCCAUGUUGUACAAUAUAUCCUUGUAGCUUAUUUUAUGCCUAAUACUUUGUGCCUCUUACUCCCCUACUUCUAUCUUGCCCCUCCCCGCUAGGGGUAACCACUAGUUUGUUCUAUCAGUGAGUCUUGGACAAAGUUGCUUUUGAUGAAUGUUUUAAUAUAUCUAAAAUAUAAAUUGCAGAAAUAUCAUUUUUUAAAAAUUUGUUGUAUACUGACCUAUCAUUUGGAUUUCCCCCUACUAUUUCUUACAGAUGAAUUUAAAUGUUUGUAAUUGCUCCAGGAUAUGUCUUUCUGCUUAUAACUAUAAGACACAAUCUAGUCUUCUAAGAUGGACCUUCUUAGAGCAAAUGCUGACCUGUGGAACUCAGUUUUUCUUUUGCUCUGUGCCCAGAAUUAUUCAUGUCUGCCGUAUGUUUAAUCUCUAGAUUAUGACCAGCAGGUGGCUCUUUGUGAAGCAUUGUGUAGACUGACCAUGAAAAAAUCAAGGGAAGACUUUGUCCAUCAGUGGUUUGAAGAUGAUACCAUUGCUGAGGCUUUCAAAGAAAUUAAAGAUCGAGAAUUUGAGACGGAUUGUAGACGGUUUCUCAAUCACCUAAAUGACAGACUUGGUGACCAAAGAAGGGUCUAUUCAUUUCCAUGCAUUGCUGCUUUUGCUGAUGAUUUUGAGAUGAGAAAACCUGCAGAUGAAAAAUUAGAGAAAUUUUGGAUUGAUUUCAACCUAGGAACUCAGAGUGUAACUUUUUAUAUAAACAAUCCUGAGAGCGCUUUAUGGGACUCAGUAAGACUUUUGAAGGAAGCAGCGAUUAAUUUCAGCAUAAUAGAAACUGAGAUGAAGAUGCUCAAAAUUUACCUGAAGAAGCCUAUUAAUAUCAGAAACAAAGAAGUGAUGAAAAUAGAAAUUCAUUUUGAAUUGCAAUUCAACAUAGCACAAGCUUCCAUUAAAGCUUUAGGAGAUGACAAACAGGUGAGGCCUGACCAGACGAAAAUCUCCUCAGACCGUUCUGGUGAGUUUGAGAAAGAAGACACUGAGAUUCCUAGCAGCCACGAAAGAGAGACAGACCAAGCAAAGGAAUCUACCGAGCUGGCAGAGUUAACCAGUGCUGAAGAUAACAAUUGCCCAACAACUCUCCCCUUAAAUAACCCGUCUGAGCCUACUCAAACAAAUACAGCUGAUAACUCACCUGAAAAAUCGAAACUGGAUGAUACACAAAAAGUUACUUCAAAACUCGAAUAUUCUUUAGAUUUACAAGAACCACCAGCAAAAAUGCAGGUUCCUGAAUUAAAUGAUACAUCUAGGGAAGAGUCUGCUUUGGAGGGUGACAGAAAGCAAGAAACAAGGAUGUCGUCUAAUUAUAGGAAACACCUCUUCUCGGAGAGUAACGAAGACUCAAGUACUAGUGCCAGUGAACUGUCUUGGACCAGUAACCAAAAAAGGAAAUCCCUAAAGUCAUAUACUAAUAGAAAAAAGAUAAGAACCAGAAGUAACAUAAAAACCUUGCCACUUUUCCCCCUCAGUAGUGGCAGUGACCUUGAGAAAGAUGAAGCUAAAAUUCUAACACCAUUACGGAAAGAUACCUCUAGGCAAAAUAAUGUCACACCUCCAAAAAUUUCUGGAACGGAAUUUCAGAGUAGUUCUGCCUUUUUAACUCCUGAAGAUUCUGCCCAGAAGAUAGAACUUCAAAGUCCCCCCGCACCGAGCGAUCUCUCUUCCUUGGAGCACUCAGAUGUUGAGGAAAAUGUAUCUGAGACUGUGACCCAAGAGUCAUUGGUGAAAAGUACUGGCUUCAAACAUAAACUGCAAAACUUGGAAGACAGAGACAGAACAGAUGGUCAUUUCGCUAAGGGGAAACAGUCGCGAUUGGAAGAAGGUGAUGCUCCAGGAUGCCUUUCCUCAGUGGCAGAAGAAACGGACUUGGCAGAAGGCAUUUCUACCUCAUCCUUAAAAGUUAUUCCAGAGAACUUGAAAGGUUCUGCAAUGAUCACCACCUUUGAAAACUUCACUAGAGAACUGAAAAGAAAAUACGAGCUUAGGUACAGAAGGAGCCCACUUUAUUCAGAAACUGCAAAGCAAGCACCAGACUGCCUAACAAAACUUUUAAACCAGAUACAUCUGUGCAGACUGAAUAAACUAGAACAGUUUCACACUUUAGUUCUUCAAGAGCUGAGCAAUCUUGAGAAGGAUAUUGGGGGUCUGCAACGCCUUGAGGAGGAUGUUCUGGAAUUUUGGGGGAAACAGUCUGAUGAUCUGAAAUCAUUCUGUGAACUGCAGCUGCUGAGUCUGAGCCAUGGGAAGGAGAUAAAUCUACCUCAAGCCACAGAAGCGGUGCCUUAAUGCUCUGUGCUCAUUCACUCCAAACGGAAUUCCUGAGACCAGUCAAGUUGGAAUAGUCUGUAAUAUGUUGGUAGUUUGUCCAUUUGUUUACAAAGGUUAAGCUUUUGUAUUAAAAUUUCGUCAGAAAAUAGGAAAUUCAGGAUGUUUAGCAACUUGGAGUGAUUUGCUUUUUUUUUUUUUUUUUUUAAUGAUUUUUUAAAGGAAAAUUGAUUUUUGAGAAGUGUCUUCAAGUUAUUUGGGGGCAGGGAAACCUCAGCAUCUGUAUAUAUACUACUUAGUAUAUCUCUUUAAGGGAGGGUUUACUUUUAUUUUCAUAGCUCAGAUGAAAAUGGUGUUGUAUUUUGAAAUAGUUACUCUUUCAUUUGAUCUGCAAAUGUUCUAGUUUCUGUAGAACUUUAACAAAACUGCCAGCUUUAGAAGAGGAGAAAUAUUCAUCUUUCAGUAAUUACUAAAUGCUCUAAUAAAGUCUGGUGCAUGAAGUUGUAUAUACAGUUGAGUGAAUUUAUUUUAGGAAAAUGAAACCUACAUAAGUUCAGGCCAUCUGCAAAGUAACUUUGCUCAUGAUUGGAUAAGUACAAUUAAAGACUGUAGACUGAAAACCAGCUUAUACCUUAUAUAAUUAAGUUACAUAAUAU